CGGUUAGUCUUUGUAGUCGGUGAGGAAUGCGGAAACGCUCCUGCUCUGUGUCAAACUGCUCUGAAGGGGGUCAAGGCACAUUCAGCCAGCGUGGGAAAGCGAGGAGGAGACCGAGCACACACACGCACACGCUGCAUAUUCCUGCAUAGAUAGAUGGGAAAAACAUAAAGGGGGAAGGAGGACGGUCGCAGCAGAUCGAUGAAAAUCAGUAACUUUUUGAUCCACUCUGCUUUUUUAAGGGACUGAUAGGACGAUCUUUCACUUGAUCCGCUGUUGCAGUGGUGUGUGUGGUACUGCUGGGAGAUGGGGCUUAGCGCGUGCACCCGUCUACCUGUGUGGCCCGUUGCGAGUACACCACUGCACGAGCUGUGAUGCGUGUGGAGGAGACGCUGGGAAAGUUACUGAAGUUUAUGAAUGACGCGACUCUCCGGGCGGAAUAUAGGCUAACAAACGGGGCAGUGCACGUGCCAGCGCCGCUCUCCAAAUAAUGCCUUUGUGAAAUAUCCGCGCGCUCGUCACAUUUCGGGAUUCCCCGCAGUACCUCGCCGUGUGAGAAAAAAAUGGACAAAGAGAGCUCAACCCCACAAUAUGAGCCGGUGGCUGAGAUCGGCGAAGGUGCAUACGGAAAGGUGUACAAAGCACGGGAUUUGAAGAACGGAGGCCGCUUUGUAGCCCUGAAAAGAGUUCGGGUGCAGACCGAGGAAGAGGGAAUGCCGCUGUCAACUAUCCGCGAGGUGGCAGUGCUGAGGCAACUGGAGUCCUUUGAGCAUCCCAAUGUGGUCAGGUUGUUUGACGUAUGCACAGUUUCCAGGACUGACCGGGAAACCAAACUAACUUUGGUCUUUGAACACGUGGACCAAGAUUUAACCACAUAUUUGGAGAAAGCACCUGAUCCAGGGGUGCCACCUGAAACCAUAAAGGAUAUGAUGUACCAGCUGCUGCAGGGUCUGGAUUUCCUUCACUCUCACCGUGUGGUUCAUCGAGAUCUUAAGCCUCAAAACAUUCUAGUCACCAGUGGAGGACAGAUCAAGCUGGCUGAUUUUGGUCUGGCGCGGAUCUACAGCUUUCAGAUGGCUCUUACUUCUGUGGUUGUGACGUUAUGGUAUCGAGCUCCCGAGGUGCUGCUUCAGUCCAGCUAUGCUACUCCUGUGGAUCUGUGGAGUGUCGGCUGCAUCUUUGCUGAGAUGUUCAGACGCCGCCCUCUUUUCCGUGGAAACUCUGAUGUUGACCAGUUAGGCAAGAUUUUUGAUGUGGUGGGGGUUCCUACUCCAGAGGACUGGCCACAGGAGGUGGGUUUACCCCAGAGUGCCUUUUCCCCUCGCCCUCCCCAGCCCAUAGAGGACCUGGUGCCUGACAUGGAUGAGCUGGGCAAAUCACUUUUACUGCGUUUCCUGUCGUUUAACCCCUCCAGAAGGAUAUCGGCUUAUGAUGCACUGUCUCACCCAUACUUCCAGAGUCUCGACAGCACCAGCAAGAGUCUGUACGCCCAGCCCUUCCCCAGCAAAAAGCCCUCCCUGGAGGAGAGAGCUGCUUGAAGGACCUGGUUCCCCAUCCAGUCCCCCCUCACCCCAUGAACUAGUCUUCCAUAGCAUAAUGUCACAUGCUGCUUUUAGAAAUAUCACCGCAACUAUUGGUCGAUCAUAUUUGUCUUUGCCCUCACUACUGCCAGCUAAUACAGACCGACACCAUGCUGCCUGGAUUUACGUUUUUUACAAUAUUGGAAGCUGCUCUCAUCUCCCACCCGCCUUCCUCAAAGGAAGUCCGUCUGCUCAGAGGAAAAUGUGCUUCUCGAUUCUGAAGCCGCAUCACGACACUGCCAGGAUUGGUCUGUCUGUUUGCAUGAACGCGAUGCACAUUACAUGUACAGGUCUAAACUGUCUUAACUGCAUAUCACUGCCGUGAACCAGCAAGGUCUCACACGGGACCGUGUCAGUCUCACUCGGAUCGAGCAAAUGUAGAACCGCAACUACUGCAAAUUCGGGCCCGUUGAACGGAACCUCCUAUUUUACACAAUGGCUAAUUCACAAUUGUUUUGAGCUCACUUGUAUCGAAGUCCUCUCGGUCACAGGCCUGGAGGAUUUUUGUAUUGUUUUCUGCCACGUUGCUCCUCUGCAGUUCAAGCAGGAGAGUGUGGACACAUCUUGUUCGAUGACUUCCAUAACCACGGACACGGAGAAUCAUUUUAGUGCUCUAUUCAAUAAGGCAUUUUGUUGCAAGCAUCGCAUCCUGGUGUUCUCGUCAUUCGAGUCGUCCAGGAAAGAGCUUUGAAGCACUAUUUGACACCACAUUUUUUUGUUGUUGACAUUAU